ACAGAAACCAUUUCAAUUUUGACAUUCCAACUUAUCCCUUGCGAUCGAACAAAAAGAGUCUUCUUCUUCGUCCUCGUCGUCGUCAUGGGUGACGGAAGUGGGAGCCGGUGGAGCAGGGCGGAGUGGGUGCAACAGUACGAUCUGUUAGGUAAAAUCGGCGAAGGCACUUAUGGCCUCGUUUUUCUUGCAAGAACCAAAACCCCCUCUCCCUCCAAAUCAAUAGCUAUCAAGAAGUUCAAGCAGUCCAAGGACGGCGAUGGGGUCUCCCCCACCGCCAUCCGAGAAAUCAUGUUGUUGAGGGAGAUUACGCACGAGAACGUCGUCAAGCUCGUUAAUGUCCACAUCAACCACGCCGACAUGUCGCUCUACCUCGCCUUCGAUUACGCCGAGCACGAUCUUUACGAAAUUAUUAGGCAUCACAGGGACAAACUCAACCAUUCUAUUAAUCAAUACACGGUUAAGUCUUUACUCUGGCAGUUGCUCAAUGGAUUAAGUUAUCUGCACAGUAAUUGGAUGAUACAUCGAGAUUUGAAGCCAUCAAAUAUAUUGGUUAUGGGCGAAGGAGAGGAACAUGGAGUUGUUAAGAUUGCUGACUUUGGACUUGCAAGGAUAUAUCAAGCUCCUCUGAAGCCACUAUCUGAUAAUGGGGUUGUUGUAACUAUUUGGUAUCGUGCACCUGAGUUGCUUCUUGGAGCAAAACACUAUACCAGUGCUGUUGAUAUGUGGGCUGUGGGAUGCAUUUUUGCGGAGUUGUUGACCUUGAAGCCACUAUUUCAAGGGGCAGAAGUUAAAGCUACAUCAAAUCCCUUUCAGCUUGACCAACUUGACAAGAUAUUUAAGGUUUUAGGCCAUCCCACAUUAGAGAAGUGGCCUUCGUUGGCAAGUCUUCCACAUUGGCAACAGGACGUGCAACAUAUACAAGGACACAAAUAUGACAACACCGGUCUCUAUAAUGUUGUGCACCUAUCUACAAAAAGUCCUGCAUACGACCUCCUGUCAAAGAUGCUUGAAUAUGAUCCUCGGAAGCGUAUAACAGCAGCACAAGCUUUGGAGCAUGAGUAUUUCAAAAUCGAACCAUUACCUGGACGGAAUGCUCUUGUACCAUGUCAACUUGGAGAGAAAAUUGUAAAUUAUCCAACUCGUCCAGUGGACAACACAACUGAUCUUGAAGGGACGACCAAUCUGCCGCCUUCACAAGCGAUAAGGGAACUGCUUGGAGAAAAUGUAGGUGAUAGUUAACAUUAAUAAAGUUCAAUUAGAUGGUGCCAUGAUGUUUAUGAACAAUUUCAAUGGUUUUGCUAUGUUCGGUAGAACAUAGUUGCCUUUGUGUACCAGUUCGUGACAAUUCUAAAAGUCUAAUGUGAACAAGUUGUUCGAAUCAUAUAUGGAUUGGUAAUGACAAGUCAUAGUUGGUAUUAAUGACUAUUGUGAACAAGCCGUACUUGAAAACUUUUAGAUGUUAUAUUAUAUUACAAAAGUUGUACACAUGAAAAAUAACAACCUAAUUAUGUAACGAGUUAUCUGCAUAAUAUACAUCUUAGCUAUAUUAUUUAAUUAGAUAAUUAGUAAGCCUUUAGAAUUUUUAAAAAAUAUUUGAAGUAAAAUUAUGUAAAUAUAGAUAUGUUUGAGUAAACUUCAUAAACUUUUAGGAAAAGAAAUAAAUAAAAUAAGUUUUUCCCAAAGCUAAAUUAACUCAUGCAUAAGUUAAAAAUAAGCUUUUAGAAAAGCUAAUAUGAGAGAAUUUCUAUAAAUUAACUUAUGCACUUGUUACUUUUAGCUUUGGAAGGAACUUGUGUUUUUAUUUUCUUCUAGAACUGUUUUUAUAGAAGUUUAUUCAAACAAAUCCUAUGUCAUAUACAACUUGCAUAAUAUGUUUAGUUAACAACUCUAGAUGUCAUACACUACAUAUAUAACACACAUAUUUGUUAAUAUAAAUUAUGUAAGUCGUAACUAUAUAAUUGCUUUAAUACUAAUAUUUAUUAACGAACUCAAAUAUUACAACCAAAAUUUGAAAAUAAAGUUCAUUAAUUUACAUGAUUAGCUUGGUUAUGCUCCACAAUGAGGGAUCUUUAAACCAAAUCAUGCUCAUCAUAUAAACGUAAAUUUUAUUGUCAUAUUGUGGUUGUGAUAUUUUUAAUUUAUAAAUAUAAAAUAAGGCCUUAAAAGUAUGAAUAGUUAUUCAUAGGGUAUUUUUUGAUCCAUCUAUUUUAAUCAACACAAUAACACAAUUACAAUUAAGAUAGCCUGUACUUCCUACUAAGGUUUCAACAAGAGUUUGUCCAGCUGAAUUUAUCCAUGACAUGCCUGAAAAUGAACUUGUUGAUAUUCAUCCAUAACUGCUCUUAGUUAAAAUAGGGUCAUUAUGUGCAGCCUUACUUUUGCAUAUGCAAGGAGACUACUUCUGGAUUCAAAGCUUUACCUUUGAUGACCACAACUUGUCAUCAAAGCAACUUUAGUGCUAUACUAGGGCACACCCUUAAGUUUGGUAGCUAAAGUUUGAAUAAAAUCUAACUCGUGAGCAUCAUCAUUCUGUUUGUAAGUUUCAACCGCUCACAGACUUGUGAAAUAUGUACAAUUUCUCCUCGAACUAUCAACCACAAGCUUUUUUGUUUUCUUUCAACAUUUUUGUGCAGUGUUUUAAAUCCUGGACAGUGGGGCAUAGCUCAGCUGCCAUUGAAAACACUAUUAUGGGAUAGCCACCAUAUGCAUAUAAAUUCUAGAAAAUGAUAAAGACUACUCGAAAUUCAUAAUAUUCAUGAGAAGUAACAGUUGCCUUAAACAGAACAUACAUAUAACAAGUCAAAUACAAGUUUGCUAGAUAGAAAUUGUUGGAAGUUUCACAUUAACUAGAGAUAUUGUAAAAAGUAUAGUAUAUUAGUGAGUAGAAAUCUCAUCUUGAAUUCCCACAUUUUCUAAGAUGGUGGUAGAGCCUAUCAUAGUAAGGUUUGUUGAGCUUAUUGUCUCACCUGUUAUCAAACAACCACACAAAUAUCUAGUUCCAUGCUUGAGACAUCUAUUCCUCGAUGUGAGGGAGUGGGUUGAGGAUUCUAUAUCGACUAGAGAUAUGCUAAAUUUAUUAUAUUAGUGGGGACAAACUUCACUUUCCUUGGUUUUAGAGAUUGGAUUAGACUUAAAGUCCACUUUCUGAAGUGGUAUCAAAGAGUAUCCCAACAAGGUUUGUUUACCUAAAAUAUUUAGUCUCAUGUUUGAGACAAUGAGUCUUGGGCAUUGGCAAAAUGGAGUGUUACGAUCACUUAUCUUUAUCAUUUUCACUGUUUAUCAGUGCUGUAGAUUUCAUUUUUGGAAAUGAAAUCUAAAAAAUAGCCUCCUAAAGAAGAAACAUUCUCUUUACUCAGAGGGCUUUUUUGAAAUCAACGGACACUCCUAUCUCUUCUGCUAUGGCAGGUCUUCACUAUUUGGUCUCUAUGGGUGCAUUAAACUGAUCUGCUAUGGUGGCCACAAUAGCAGCCAGGGUGCUUCCCUACACAGUUAAAAUGUACUAAUUAAAACUCUUUUAAUCAGCAUCUUGUGUUUGCUGUUUUGCACAUAAACAUGAAAGUUUUUGAAAAGACGAUUCCUUUUCUCUGCACCUGAGUGUGAAUAUUUAAUAACAAGACAGUUUUUGUUUUGUUUUAGACAUAUUUUGUCCACAUAUCAAGUGGUUGGCAUGAGAACAUUUGAGUCUACUAAAGUUGACUGUUAAAUU